AUGGCAGACGUCGUUUCAGUAGUCCCCGCGAAUCUACCAACAGCCAUAUACGCCGGGGUACAAUACACCCCGAGUCCCCUCAAUGCGGUACUUGAGUCCCCCAAAUUCGACCCUGAGAAACACUUAGUACAUCACGAAAAUGUCAAGACGCUGUCGAUGGACGACAUUGGACUCUCAAUGACCAACGGAAUUUCUCCGGUGGCCGUUUCGGAGCCAUUUCCAUUAUUUACUUCGGAAGCAAUCGACAUCAUGAGAGCGGAGGUGUUUACAGACGAGGUGAUGAACAACUACAGCAUGACAUCGGAUCUCAUACCGAUGUCUGUCCGUGGAUAUGCGUCAAAAACCUUGGAACUCAUAUCGCAGAUUGCAGGUAUCGACCUGGUCGUUGCCAUUGACUACGAGAUCGCAAACAUCAACAUAUCACUCCCCUCGAGAGUCAAAGAGGAGAACAAUAGCGGUGCGACACCAGUGGAUGACGUUCCAGUCGUUGGGUGGCACAAGGACAGCUACCCGUUCGUGUGUGUACUCAUGAUGAGCGAUACGACUGGCAUGAUAGGAGGAGAGACAGCUUUGAGAACUGGAUCCGGAGAAAUUAAACUAGUCCGAGGACCUUGCAAGGGCUCCGCGGUUGUGCUGCAAGGCCGGUACAUCGAGCAUCAAGCUCUUCGAGCCUACGGAUCUCAAGAGAGGAUCACAUCCAUCACUAGUUUCAGACCCAAGGAUCCCCUCGUUCGAGACGAUACCCGCUUGACUACCAUCCGCCCGAUUUCAAAUCUUGUUGAUAUCUACACUCAGGUCGAGGACUACCAGCUCGAGAACCUCAAGGCUCGAAUCGACGCGGAGCUGGCGCAAAUGCGAACAGAUAAGAGCAGUGAGAGAUAUGACAGCAAACGUUUCAAGACCUUCGCCCGGGAGGCAGUCCAUAUUUUGCAGCAUUUAGACAACGAGAUUGUGGAUGAAGCAUUUGUCAAGAAAGGGAGUGUCGUCGAUACGAUUCAGGGAGAACUUACUGCUGGGAAUGGUAGGAACAAUUUGUAA